UCAUGCAAUUAAAUCGUACGUAACAGGAAUGUUUGUCUCGCGGAGUAUUGGUUUGUCUAUUUGAAGUUUGUUUAAUAUUUUUUGGCUUGUAGGCAUCCAGGUUGCGGUUUGAUGUAAAAAUGUUUUUGACUAGUUCUUGCAAUCAGCAGAAAUACCGUAUUUUUUUCGUUGGUUUUAAUUUUUAAGUUGCAUAUUAUUUUCUGUGAUGGAACCUGAUCAGUAUAGAGAAGACUUAGACGUGAAUGCUGGACGUUCAGUUACUGUUACGUCCAAUUCGACAGGCUCUGAGUCAAAAUCUAGCUCUUUAAACUCGAAACUUGAGCAUGAAUCUGCUGAAAGUCAAAGUUCUCGGUCUAAAGGAUCACAUUCACCCUCUAAAUCUGUUUGUUCAUCAUCUUCAACUUCUUCCGAGAACAUCCCACUUCAGGAAUUAAAAGCCAAACGAGAACUUCAUGUUCCUCACAGAAGUGAUGAGCCUCCACUCCUGCCAGGGGAAAAAAUUCCUGGAAAUUCUCGUGCCAGGGAUGUUACAUACUUGUGUCCCUUCACUGGACCAGUACGAGGCACACUUUUUGUUACAAAUUACAAGCUCUAUUUUCGCAGCACUGACAGAGUGGAACCACCGUUUAUUUUAGAUGUGCCUUUGGGUGUCGUUAAUCGCAUUGAAAAAGUAGGGGGAGCGAGUAGCAGAGGAGAAAAUUCAUAUGGUAUUGAACUUUUUUGUAAAGACAUGAGAAAUCUUCGUUUUGCACACAAACAGGAGAAUCAUUCCAGAAGGGAUGUAUUUGAGAAGCUUCAACAGUAUGCAUUUCCAGUUUCUAAUAAGCUGCCACUUUUUGCUUUUGAAUAUCUUGGAAAAUAUGCUGUGAAUGGAUGGUCUGUAUAUGAACCUAUUGCAGAAUAUAAGAGACAGGGUUUACCCACUGAAAGUUGGAAAAUUACGAAGAUCAAUGAACAUUAUGAACUUUGUGACACAUACCCUGCUAUAGUUGCUGUUCCUGCUGCUGCUACAGAUGAAGAUUUAAGAGCUGUAGCAAAUUUUAGAAGCAGAGGUCGAAUACCUGUUCUGUCAUGGAUUCAUUCUAAGAGUCAAGCUACGAUAACACGUUGUAGUCAGCCUUUGGUAGGUGUAAGCUGUAAGCGUAGUAAAGAUGAUGAGCGAUAUAUCCAAAUGAUCAUGGAUGCAAAUGCCCAGUCACACAAAAUAUUUAUAAUGGAUGCUCGGCCAAGUGUUAAUGCUGUUGCUAAUAAGGCUCGUGGAGGUGGCUAUGAAAGUGAAGAUGCUUAUCAGAAUGCUGAACUGAUAUUUUUAGACAUUCAUAAUAUCCAUGUAAUGCGAGAAAGUUUAAGAAAGCUGAAAGAGGUAUGCUUCCCAUCAAUUGAUGAAAACCAUUGGCUUGCUAGUGUUGAAUCUACUCACUGGCUUGAACAUAUUCGAUUCAUUAUGGCUGGAGCUUUGCGCAUUGCAGAUAAAGUUGAGAGCAAUAAAACAUCAGUGGUUGUGCAUUGCAGUGAUGGUUGGGAUCGGACAGCCCAGCUCACAAGUCUUGCCAUGUUGAUACUAGAUCCAUACUACAGAACACUUAAAGGUUUCGAAGUUUUGAUUGAAAAAGAAUGGAUAAGUUUUGGCCAUAAAUUUGCUCAGCGUAUUGGCCAUGGUGAUGACAAGCAUUCUGAUGCAGAUCGUUCACCUGUCUUCCUUCAGUUUAUUGACUGUGUUUGGCAGAUGACGUGCAAAUUUCCCAAUGCCUUUGAAUUUAAUGAGCAUUUCCUUAUAACAAUUCUAGACCACUUGUAUAGCUGCUUAUUUGGAACUUUUCUUUUUAAUUCUGAAUGUCAGAGAGUUAAAGAGGAUGUUAAAAAUAGAACUGUUUCUUUGUGGUCAUUCAUCAACAGCAAUCAGAGUGAUUUCAUAAAUCCUUUGUAUACCACUUACCAAGAGCAACACGUUCUUCUUGCUGUACCUAGCAUGCGGUGUAUAGAGCUUUGGAAGAGUUAUUAUUGUCGUUGGAACCCACGUAUGAGACCACAGGAGCCUAUACACAUUCGUAGCCGAGAACUUCUAGCUGUUAAAACUCAGCUGCAAAGAACAAAAGAGGAACUGAAACGUGAACUGGAAGCAAAAAAUGCCCGUAACCUUGCUUCCUCUCCUGUGACAGUGUAAUGAAUUCUUGUGAUCUAAAACUGUUUAGGCUAUUAAGUAUAAUAUGGGUAUGACAAUUAUAAAACAUGGCAGUAUUAGAAUUUUAUUUAUGAAUAUUUAUUCUUAAAGCAUAUUUAAAGUUUCGCUUAACCAGUUAUGCAUAUAUUUAUUAUGUAAACCUGAUUGAGAGAAAUUUUGUAAGCAGUUGAAUGCAAUUUGCUGUCAUGGCCAGUAUUUUUUUUUUAAAUCUUGGACUAAUAGUUCAAACUGUAAAUUCUGCCUUUUAGUUGUAAAUAUUUUCAUUAUUUAUAAGUGUAUUCUUCUGUGAACUGGAAAGCACAUAAACUCAUUUUGAUAUGAAACAUAUAUAAAUUGUAUAAAUAUGUGAUUUUUAUAUGUCCUGAAGCUUUUCUUUGAUAGAAAUAAAUUAUAUUUUAAUGAAA